GGAGAGAGAGAACAGAAAGAUCAGGUUUUUAAAGAGAGAAGAUCAGAGAGAUAUAAUUCCUCGAACCAGAAAGGAUUCAGUGGUCCUCUCCGUACCUGAUAUCUGAUUGUUGAUUAAAUGUUCUUCGUUCCUUUCUCUGGAUUUUCUGCAUGAGAAAUCAACCAUACCCACCUUCUACAAAUACUUCAAAUUUCAGUACAAAGGAGCAGAAAAAUUUUUUUCAUGGGUAUGGUGGAAAUCUGGGUCGAAAUUCGUCAAAUUGGGAAACGAGGAGAAGUUUUUAAUGGGUAUGGCGAAAAAUACUAAAUCUGGGAGGAGGAACGGUUUCUAUUUUUGGUUUUAUUAGUUUUUUUCACUGUAGAAUCUGUAAAAAAGACGAAGAUUUUGUUCGAUUAUGGAAGGAGGAAAAGUGAGGAAGCUUUUGGGUGGUGUGUUUUUUUGAAGGGGGCAAAAGAAUCUUUUAUUUACACUUUGCGGAGGUUGCUUCUUCUUCUUCUUUUGCGGCUAAGAAAAAGUAACUCAGGGCUAAGAUCUUCCCUUUUCACUAAUUCCGUUCCAAAUCGACAGAUUUUUUUCUUGGGAAACAAACGAAAACCAGCAAAUGAAGGAAGCAGAGAAGAACUUGGAUCCACAGCUAUGGCACGCUUGUGCUGGAUCGAUGGUUCAAAUCCCACCGGUGAACUCUAAAGUCUUCUACUUUCCUCAGGGGGAUGCAGAGCACUGCCUCUCCACCGUGGAUUUUUCAUCUUCCCCGCCAAUCCCUGCUCUCAUUCUCUGCAGGGUGGCUGCCGUUAAGUUCUUGGCCGAUACUGAGACGGAUGAAGUAUAUGCCAAGAUCAUGCUGGUGCCAUUACCGUGCAGUGAGCUUGAUCUCGAAGAUGAUGUCGCUUUGGGUUCCAGUAAUGGGUCGGAUAAUGCUGAAAAGCCUGCUUCUUUUGCGAAGACACUGACCCAGUCUGAUGCGAACAAUGGCGGUGGUUUUUCCGUCCCCAGAUAUUGCGCGGAAACGAUAUUUCCGAGGUUGGAUUACACUGCGGACCCUCCGGUUCAGACAGUUAUUGCAAAGGAUGUUCAUGGCGAAAUUUGGAAGUUCAGGCAUAUCUACAGGGGGACGCCAAGGCGGCAUCUUUUGACGACGGGGUGGAGUACUUUUGUGAACCAGAAGAAGCUUGUCGCUGGAGACUCGAUUGUGUUCUUGAGAGCUGAAAACGGCGAACUUUGUGUUGGGAUUCGAAGAACAAAGCGUGGGAAUGGAAAUGGGCCAGAGUAUGGAACUCCCGGCUGGAAUUCCGGCCAUGGAAAUGGAACUUGUGCUAGUCUGUAUGGGGGAUUUUCUGCUUUCUUGAGAGAGGAAGAAUGCAUAAUGAUGAGAAAUGGGAAUCUGGGUUCUGGCAGGAACUUGAGGGCGAAGGGGAAAGUGAGGCCAGAGAAUGUUCUGGAGGCGGUGGCGCUGGCUACAAAGGGGCAGCGGUUCGAGGUUGUUUAUUACCCGAGAGCCUGCACACCAGAGUUCUGCGUCAAGGCCUCUGCUGUGAAGGCGGCAAUGAGAAUCAAUUGGUGCUCCGGGAUGAGAUUCAAGAUGCCAUUCGAGACAGAGGAUUCCUCGAGGAUUAGCUGGUUCAUGGGGACUGUAUCUUCUGUUCAAGUUGCUGAUCCAAUACGCUGGCCUAAUUCACCCUGGCGACUUCUCCAGGUUACAUGGGAUGAACCCGAUCUGCUACAAAAUGUUAAGCGUGUGAGCCCAUGGUUGGUUGAAUUGGUAUCAAAUAUGCCCAUUAUCCACUUGUCACCCUUCUCUCCUCCAAGAAAGAAAUUGCGGUACCCGCCACACUUGGACUUUCCACUAGACAGCCAAUUUCCAACACCGUCAUUUGCAGGCAACCCCCUUGAGCCCAUCAGUCCCUUGCAAUAUUUAUCUGACAAUGCUCCUGCAGGCAUACAGGGAGCCAGGCAUGAUCAAUUUGGAAUAUCUUUAUCAGAUCUCCGUCUUAACAACAAACUGCAGUCAGGACUGUUUCUGUCCAGUUUCCAGUGGUUUGAUCCUCAGUCUCGAAUUUCUGAAGGCAUUGUGCCAAGUAACGAUAACAGCAGUGAAAAUUUAUCUUGCUUGUUAACAAUUGGGAAUUCUAGUCAGAAGGAGAAAUCUGAUAACAUGAAAAAACACCAGUUUCUACUUUUUGGGCAACCAAUACUAACCGAGCAGCAGAUCUCUCGAAGCUGUUCAAGUGAAGCUGUCUCACAGGUUGAUGGUAACAGUUCAGCAGCAGUGAAUCCAGACAAAACUAAAGAUUCUUCUAGCAGUUUGGGAUCCUCCCAAGUGCAUCAGGUUCUGCCAGAAAAGUCAUACAGACCCCAGUUUUUGUGGCACCAGGAUUGUUUUACAGCAGAAUCUGGCCUGGAUACUGGUCAUUGCAAAGUAUUCAUGGAAUCAGAGGAUGUUGGACGAACACUUGACCUCUCAGUUCUUGGCUCCUAUGAAGAGCUGUACAGGAGGUUGGCCAACAUGUUUGGACUAGAAAGAUCAGAAAUGUUGAGCCAUGUGCUCUAUCGGGAUGCAACUGGUGCCGUCAAACAAACUGGAGAUGAACCAUUCAGUGAUUUUAUGAAAACGGCUAAAAGAUUGACAAUAAGGAUGGGUUCCAGCAACGAGAGUAUUGGAAGGUCAUCAUGGCUCACUGGGAUGCGGAACACCGAAAAUGGACUGGAUGGACCAAACAAGACUGGUCCUCUGAGCAUACUAGCUUGAUAUGGAACAGGACUGAUAGUGUUAGUGUUUGAAGAAUUUAUUGGACAGUAGAUGAUGAAGACUUUGAGCUAUAUUGUUAUCCAGCACCAGCUACCAUGUUUCCUAUCCUAGUAUAUUCAUGUGUCUUGCAGGGCCUUACUCAUUAGGUUGUGUACAAGAAUGGUUAGUGUUUAUGAAUUAUGGUCACUUCAGUGUUUUCCCUUAAGUGCAACUUCACAUAUUCCUUGUGUUAGAAAAUCCAAAAUAUUAAGUUCUAAAAAUAAGUUUGGUUAUUGUAACAAGUUGUUUUUGUUAAGGCGACACAAUUGAUAUAGAAA